GCUUUUCGCGCCCUACUGCCUCUCUCUCUUCUGUUCCGAAGAAAACCGAGAGAGAGAGAGAGAGCGCGGGAGAGGGAGACGGGGAGAACGGGAGAGAAAGAGCGGGAGAAGUGAAGAGAGAAAGAGGGAGAACGAGAGAGAAGAUACGAGGGAGGAAGACAGCGGACGAGAUAUUGAGAGGUAGAGGAGAAGAGGGACGGUAGUGGAGAUUGGUCUCUUUCUCUUUCUCUCGCUCUCUCUCCACGCUGAGAAGCCAGGUCAUGGCAGAAGAAGAGAGGAGAAGGGUUUCAUCGUUGGGAUGGCUGACGGAGUCGGCGGUGAUGCCAAAGAAGCAGAAGGUUAUCGAGGGUGUCGGUGCCUCUUCUAUCCUGGAGCUCAAGGCGCAGCUUUACAAAACCCAGGAGGAAGCUAGGAAGGCCAAGGAAUCCGCCUCCGACGCUGAAUUCCAUCGGGCUAAGAAGAGGAUCGUUCCCAACGACGUCUUCUCUAGGAAGAAUUCCGGCGUCGAAUCCCGCGCUACUCGAUUUAGUACGUGGUUUGAAAAGGAAGAAUGUGACUUAGUCGCACAAUUGGCAUGGCACUUAUUGAGAGACAAGCUUGAGUUGAAAGCAGUCGAAGAUGGCUCAGCUAGCUAUGCUGCAUUGGAGAGGAAGGCUGAACUAUAUGAAAAACUCUCAAGAGGGGAUCUUCCCGAUGAAGAAGAAAGCGAGAAGUAUUGUGUAGAUUUCUUCAGUAAAAGCCUCAGUUAUGACGAGUGUGGCAGGUCCAAGGUUGACGAUGCCUCUUCUAGCGAGCCUAAGGAUAACAAGGAUGUUGACUCAGAUGUUGACAUAAUUCCAAACUUAUUUGCCAAACCAGUGGGACCUGGUCGGACCAGUGAAACAGUAGACAGGGAUGAGCAUAAACGCCUUGUAAGGGAAGUCCACGAGGAGGCUAGCCAGGCUCGAGAGACUGCUUCUGCACUCAAGUUGCGAAGACAAGCUCAAGCACAGGCAAACAGAGAGAAACUAAGGCAGGCAUACCUUAGAAAGCAAAUAGAAAAGUUGAAAGCCGCAGAGGCAGAGGAAUCACGACAGGCAACAGAGAGUUGAAUUAUGUGGUAGCUUGUUGAUGCUAUGUAACUACAUUCUUUGGUGAGCUCUUGAAAUAAAUGUCAUUCUGUUGUAUCCUGGUUCAUUCAGGUGGGAGGAGACUCAUCUCUGUUAAUUGGUGCUAUGUCAUGGAUUCACCUAGCUAAAUGACAGCGUGACAUGGAAGAUGCACUGCAGGAAGGCCAUACAUAUGACUUGCUUCUGUACAUUUUGCUAUAUAUCAUCAUUUUCAAGUCCAGUCGUGAACCCCUGACAUAGAUUCUCUACUUGGGAUUAUGACCAUGUCUCUUGGGGGGCAGGAAAUGAUGGCUUGCAUAACUGAAGAAGCCUGAUACUGUUUCAAUUUCCUCUUUAGAGUCGGCUGUAAAAAGUAAAUUCUUUAGGAGCGAACGGUUGGAAGCCUAUGAGCGUUUUGUA